CAUUCAGAAAAACGCCCCUCCUUGCGUGUGCUCGUUGCUACCCAACAUUUUUAAACGGCACCGCGAGCCAAGAGGGUUAGUACAAUCCGGAAUCCUUGGGACGUCCAUACCAUAACAUUAUCCCCUACCAUUAACCCUAACCAUUUUUUAUUUCAACUUUAAAGGGGUAGGGACGUCCAAAGGAUCCACGAUAGCAAGGACAGAGCCAAGAUGGUCUAGUGCGCGGUGCGCAUCUGAGGUCAUAGCGCUGUCUGAAACGCACGGAGUUUUGUCAUGUUUUCUUCGAAUAACUGGAGCUCUUUUUCAUUUCUGCUCGCAAGAAGAUAAGAAUCAUGACCAACACUCGUGUCAAAACACAUAACUGACUGUUUUACGCAGAGUAUAAAAAAUAACUUGGCUAAUGGAGAGGAUGGAAAACUCAACCAUCCCUUUUAUCAAGAUGGAAACUCUCAAUAUAUAGCCAGGUUUUCCCCUCCACCCCAGGCAGGCCUGUGCCCGCCAUGAUGAGCAGCUCAUCCAGCCCAGCUGAGUUCUACAGGGACAGGACCUCCCUCCUGUCCAUGGACUCCAGUGUCUUCUACAGCGAGCCCCCUCUUGUCUGUGGCGACCCACUGGACUUCUUCACCAUCAACGUGGGAGGUAGCCGCUACGUUCUCUCGCAGGAGCUACUGGCAUCCCACCCAGAAACCCGUCUGGGCAAGCUGGCCCUGUCCACACGGGACUCUGCCCUGGAGCUCUGUGACGACGCUGACUUCCUGGAGAAUGAGUUCUUCUUCGACCGCAGCUCACAGACCUUCCAGUAUGUGAUUAACUUCUACUGCACAGGCCACCUGCAUGUCAGGGAGGAGCUUUGCGUGCUCUCCUUCUUCCAGGAGAUUGAGUACUGGGGCAUCGACGAGCUCUGCAUCGACCCCUGCUGUCGGGAACGCUACUACCGCCGCAAGGAGCUCAAGGAGAGCCUGGACAUGCGGAACGAGGCUGAGACUGACGAAAGCCAAGACGACGACUUCAACGGCGCUGCGUGCCCAGAUCUCCGGCAGCACCUGUGGGACCUGCUGGAGAAGCCCGAGUCUUCACGAGCGGCACGCGCCUUCGGCACGCUGUCCAUCAUCUUCGUGGCGGUGUCCAUUGUCAACAUUGUGCUCAUCUCGCUGGACCUGGGGAAUGUGUGUGGGAACGGGAUCGGUGACGAGAGCGGGGGCAAUGAUGGGGGUACACCUUUCUUCGUGGACGCACUGGAAUAUGUGUGCGUGGUGUGGUUCACCGGCGAGCUGGUGUUGCGCUUCGUCUGUGUACGCGACAAGUGCCGCUUCACCCGUAGUGUUCCCAAUGUGAUCGACCUGCUAGCCAUCCUGCCCUUCUAUGUGACUCUGGCAGUUGAAAGUCUGCACGGUGUCUCUACAGAGCUGGAGAACAUGGGCCGCGUGGUGCAGGUGCUCAGGCUCAUGAGGUCCCUCCGCAUGCUCAAACUAGGACGCCACUCCACAGGCCUCAAGUCCCUGGGCCUGACCAUCACCCAGUGCUACGAGGAGGUGGGUCUCUUGCUCCUCUUCCUCUCCGUGGGCAUCUCCAUCUUCGCCACGGUGGAGUUCUCCCUGGAGCAUGACAUCCCCGGUACCACCUUCAGCAGCGUGCCGUGUGCCUGGUGGUGGGCCACCACCUCCAUGACCACGGUGGGCUAUGGAGACAUCCGCCCCGACACCACCCUGGGGUCACAGUGAAAUACCAAAAGGGCUCUGGGAGGAGGAGUCUCCGAGUCAAGUCACGACAGGCUGUAUGCAGAGCAUACACACACAUGAAUAUCCUGAACUGGUUAAAACAUUAUUUCCACCCAACAACCCCAGCAGUGGUAGAUUAGCAAUGACAUGCACUGCUGCAGCAGACCCUAACCUUGGCAGUUCUAGGAAAUAUAAUCACGCUCUAAAAAGAAAAGGUUAAUGGAAGAUCUUUUAGGUGUUCUUCAAAUUGAAACUGUGGGGGAACUUAAAAGAACCCUUUAAAAGGCUUCUUCAAAGAAACCCCUUUUAAUGGGUCCUCAAAUAACCUUUUGGGGUUACCCCCCCCAUUAUUAUUAAUCAGCAUAACAAUAACACAAUAUUUUAGUUGUCAGUGUUUUAUGAUUUUAGUGGCAAAACAGAAUUCAAAAGCCAAAUAUGACGUAAACUCCCAGCAGAGCUCCAAGUUCAGUGGCGAGACUUUUCCAAGUCUAGCCCACCUGUGGAAAAAAGUCAGGUACUUCUGCUUCUAUCUCCUUCCCUCCCUUCAGCCUUUCUAUUUGUGUCAAAUGCGGAGAGAUCAUCCAGCUCAUUUACAGUCGGAAUCUCACUUGUGGAGUUGUGCUUUGACACAGUCGAUGUACUCCCAAAUGGUGUGCCAGUGUAAAUGAUUUUGUUGGUAAGAGGAGAGGUCGUGACUGACAAUCCACAGGGCACAAACUGGUUAAAUCAACGUUGUUUCAACAUAAUUUGUCAACGUACUGUGACGUAGAAUCUAUGUGGAAAAUACAUUGAAUUUGAAAAAAGUAAUCAAAAAUAAAUUGUUGUUUUGAGGGUAAAAGGUUUGUGAAAUUUCCACAACAGGAUUGUUAUCAUGGUAACCAAUUUUCAACAUAGACAAACCUUGUAAAAAAAAAAAGAUGUUGAAUUUGUACCUUUUGAAACAAUGUCAGGUCUUCAACAUAAUAACCACUAUAAGAAAAAAACAAUAGGCUGGGCAGAACCUCCUAAUGGAGAGUUGCUCUAUCUACAGCUAUCAUUUUGGUCUCCAAUCCAAGUUUCUUUUUACCAAGCCCUGCUUAGCGUUGAUAUUUGUCACUGACUAUUACCAAUGUGCUAUCAUGACAAUGAUUGUUGAUAAAUCUUCACUUAAUAGAUUCAGUGUUGCUAUCAAAGUCAUUCCACAUGGUAGGUUUAACAGAGCAAGGGAAAUGUGACCAUACUUUAUCACUCAUAUAACAUCAGUGAUGCUAUUGAGGCCUGUAUAGCAUUUGGGAAGUCAUCAACCGCUAUUGUUUAAACUAAAAAUAGACAAUACAUAUAGGCCUAGUGUUUCAAGCUGUGGUUGAGUUCAAAUGGAAUUUUGAUAAUACUAUAUAUUGGAUUCAGGUCUGUGGAGAUCUUCACAAUUGCUCUAAUAAUCUGUUCAGAAUCUCAAACAGCUCCGACCACUUACACCAUGUAAUAAUCUCAAUUGCAAUCCAGGUCAUUUGGUUGUGCUAGUAUAUGAAGCACAGUGAUAACACAUUAAGUUGUUGUAUAAAUGAAUACACAAAAUAUCUACCCUUGUAUUUCCAUUUGAACUUUGUUGUGCUUUUAAAGGGUUGAAAGCACAGUACAACACAAUACAACUUGCUUUCAGAGUAGAAUAUUUUCUCUAUGUAGCACUAAAACAAAUUGUUUUUCUCACAUUUCUCCCCUGCAGUCACCUAUAAAUACUGUAAAUUAUAUACUGUACAUACAUAGGGAUUAUACUGUAUUUAAGCAUGUAGGGAAAAGAUUUCCAGACCAUAGGCUUUUUAGCCUAUUCCAAGAGACUCCUUCAAUGCUUUCCCAAACAUUCUCAAGAAAGUAUUGUUUUUACUCCUGACAGUCACAGAAAAUCAUUUGGCCCCUUAGAUUUCCAAACAUGGUUAUUGGGCCACAGGGCCAGCCCCUUAUCUCUUGGACACGUAGGAGUCCCUGAUGUUAUGGCCAACCUGCACAGAUGUCAAUGCAUUAUGGGCCGGUCCACAUAUGAGGACAGUCUAAAUAUUCAUCAGCAGUCUGAGACAUUGGGCAUACAGCACUGAAGUAGUGAAGUAGUGGAUUGCAUGCAUAUUGUAAACCUACAUGGUAUGGCAGCCAUUUUGAGAUAAGAUGCAGAAGAAAAUUGAUGUAUAGUGAAGCCUUUCCCUACCAUUUCUGGCCAAACAAACAAAAUAGCGGUAGUUCACAGCAGUAGUUCUCACUUGGCAGAACACAUUUUUUAUAUUUUCAUUAUGACACCUUGUUUUACCACGAGGGACCUCUGGCCUACUUAUUUGUCUAGACCAGUGGUUCCCAACCUUUUUUAACCUUAGCACACAUUGAUGGGAUGUAAAAUUCUUUGGCACACAUAAAAUUUCCCUAUUCAUUUAUUUAGUGGUAAUGACCUGCAUCUCAUCUGAGCCAUACUGCAAAUCAUCUAUUUUCUGUGACAUAAAAA